AUGAGUAAACACAAAGUUGAUAAAACAGCUGAUCAGAUGGAUAUAAUGGAAGACGAAGAAGUAACAGAGGAGAAUGAUAGUGAUUUUCAUUCAAUAAAAACUUUGUUAAAACAAUUGUUUUCUUCAGAUUCAGAGUUGUUUGAGCUGAGUGAAUUAACAGAAUUGAUUGUAAAUCAACCAUCAGUAGGCACAACUGUUAAAGUGGAUGGAAGUGACUCUGAUCCUUUUGCAUUUCUAACUGUAUUAAAUAUCAAUGAACACAAGUUUCUUAUUAUAACAAAAGUUUAUAAAGAAGUUGAAUCUAUGGCAGAUAAAGAAUUGGAAGAGGAAAACAAAUAG